AUGGAGACGUUGGCGUUGGCGGUGCUGGCGGUGCUGGUGGCGGCGGCCGGGGCCCAGUGCCCGGCGCCGGCGGACCUGCGCGCGGCCGACGGCUCGCGCAUCUGCGCCCAGCUCUACGCCGACAACAGCGCCUACUACGACCAGUGCUGCGCGGGCGCCGUGCUGCCCGUGGCGCCCGGCACCGACGUGCCCUACAUGCCCAGCAACUGGGCCGCCCGCGUCUCCUCGCUGGUCGUGGCCACCCGCUGCGAGCUCACGGUGUGGGACAAAGCCGGCAAGAAGGGCUACAGCCGCCGCUUCAGCGCCGGCGCCGUGCCCCGGCUGCAGGAGAUACGCCGGGGGCUGCUGGGCAACUGGGACAACGCCAUCAAGGGCUACUACUGCAAGUGCAACUGA